AUUAAACCACCAAUCUGUGGUGGACUUAUUAUGCUUGGAAAUUAUAUGGCAAGCUUGGGGUAAAGCAACGUGUGUUUCAAAAAAGGAAGUUUUGUAUUAUUUUCCAUUAGGGUUGGCCUUGUAUUGGAUGGAUAUUAUCUUCAUAGACAGAAGAAAACCUACGGAUGCGGUAAAAAUUUUACAGAUGAAGGCGAAAAAGUUUUUUCAGAAUAAGACUAAAAUUGUAAUCUUUCCAGAAGGUAAAAGAAAUAACAAUUUCACAAAGCUCCUGCCAUUUAAGAAAGGCGCCUUUAACAUGGCUGUAGAAAAUCAAGUACCCAUAAUUCCAAUCGUGAUUUCGCGGUAUUAUUUUAUAAAUAACAAAAAGUAUAUUUUCAAUCGUGGUCAUGUCAUAGUGCAAUGUCUGGAGCCAGUGUCCACCGAGGGUUUGACAAAGGAUGAUGUGCCGGACCUUAUAGAUCGGGUUCACAGUAAUAUGGAGAGAGUUUUCAAGGAAAUAUCGGAGGAGUUAAUGAGUACCUUACCUUCAGACUACCCUUUAGAAACAUUGAACUGAAG